GGUCAGCCUCUCGCAUCGCGGUGCCUCACUGCUAAGACAAGCCGCAGCAUCCAUCCCGUAGAGGGGUAACAUCGUUGGCCCAAAGAUUAACCUGCAAAACCCUACGGCCUAGGGUUUCUCGUCUUCAUCUGAUUUCUUUUGGGUUGCUUGAGAUGUCGAAGUCUUGCAAGGGCUUGGCAAUGGAGCUAGUUAAGUGUCUCAGUGAAUCUGAUUGUGUUAAAGUUGAGAAGCGAUCGUAUAGGGAAUGCGCUGGAGAGAAGAGCCCCUGUAUACCAAGUGAGUGCGUGGGACUUAGGGAAACAUAUUUCAAUUGCAAAAGAGGCCAACUUGACAUGAGAGCUAGGAUUCGCGGUAACAAGGGUUAUUGAAUUCAGCUGUUCCAUCAACUCUGCUGAUAUUAGGAUUGAGAUUCUUACUUAAUUCGGAACUCAAUACUCUGUCGUAGGGCCUAAUUUUCUAUAUCUUUUUGUGGAAAUGUGUCUCUGCAUUUCAUUGUAUUCCAGCUUUUGUAAUCAGAUUGUUAAAAUCUGCUCUGGUUUGUGUCUUUUGGAAUAAAAAUUCAUUUAUCCCAAAGAUUUUUAAAAA